AUGUUUGGAAGCGAGAUGUUGACUCUGUUCGCGGCUUUUGCAUUGUUCCAUGUGACAAAUGCAGUAAUAGCUCCAACUGUAGAGCUUAACGAUGGAAAUAAAAUACCUCUGCUAGCUUUAGGGACGGGCAGAGGAACGGCUAAAGAGUCAGAGUCAGUGGACCAAGUUCGCCAAGCCGUAUACUGGGCCAUCGAAGCUGGCUACAGGCACAUCGACACAGCUGCGAUUUACUUCGACGAAGAACAAGUCGGCAAAGGCAUUGCGCAAGCGAUCGCAGAUAAACUAGUUACUAGGAAUGAGCUGUUUGUAACUACAAAACUGUGGAAUGACAGACACCGCCAGGAACAAGUUGUUCCCGCAUUGAAAGAAUCUCUGCAAAAACUAGGAUUGGAUUACGUCGAUUUGUACCUAAUACAUUUCCCCGUCGCUACAAAAUCUGACGGAUCCUUGGACAAUGUAGAUUACAUAGAAACAUGGAAGGGAAUGGAGAAAGCCAAGGGACUUGGCCUCACUCGGUCCAUAGGAGUGUCGAAUUUCAACGCGUCACAAAUAGAAAGGCUGAUAGCUCAUUCCACGAUUUGUCCUGCUGUCAAUGAGAUAGAGGUGAACCCCACUCUAACGCAAGUGGCCCUCAUAAACUAUCUGCAACUUAAGAACAUAAUUCCAAUGGGCUACAGUCCAUUUGGAUUCCUCGUAUCCAGGAGUAAAGAAAACGCUCCUCCACCGAGAGCGGACGACCCAGCCCUGGUAAAAAUAGCACAAAAGUACGGAAAGACUACUUCGCAAGUAGUUCUGCGAUAUUUGUUCGACAGAAGUAUCAUUCCCAUCCCCAAAUCCACGAACAAGGACCGCAUUAAGCAAAACAUCGACAUCUUUGACUUCAGCUUGACGAACGAAGAAGUUGCGACGAUCAACAGAUUCAAUAAGAACAUUCGUGUCAUAAAUCCAGUUGACUGGAAGAAUUCACCGUACUAUCCUUUCGUAGAAUAUUGA